GAGGCGCCCAGCCAGAGCAAAACCGAGGCAGACGACACUCAGCAGGAGCCUUUCCUUCCUCCUUCCCUUUCCUCUGGACCAGCCAGACCUUCCCUCCCGCCUUCCCUGCAAGCUGAUGGCCAAGGAUGGCGAGGUGGAGGUCCUCACCUGCAACGAGACCGGGAGCCCAAACAGAGGAAGCAAGGAGACCCCUCCUACCCUGCAGGGCGAUAAGGAGGAUGGAGGCGAUGAUGACGAAGUCUUUGAGACCACAGAUGGCCAAACGCCCAGCUCCAGCCCCAGUAUCUUCCGGCAUGGCAGUGUGGAGGAGUUGUACGAGCUGCUGGAAAAGUUGGGCAGCGGCCACUUCGGGGUGGUGAGGCGCUGCCGGGAGCGGGAGACGGACGCCUUCUUUGCAGCCAAGUCGGUCAAGAUCCGGAAGCGGAAGGGGAGCCGGCUGGGCCUGGACCGCGAGCAGGUGUCGCGGGAGGUGAACAUCCUGCGCCAGCUGCAGCACCCCAACAUCAUGCGCCUCCAUGACAUCUUUGCCAGCAAAGCUGAGAUGGUCCUGAUCCUGGAGCUCAUCCAUGGUGGAGAGCUUUUUGACUUCAUUGCUGAGAAGGAGAUGCUGACGGAGGAGGCGGCCAUUGAGUUCAUGGAACAGAUCCUCCGUGGAGUGGCCUACAUGCAUUCCUGCCACAUCGCCCACUUUGACCUCAAGCCGGAGAACAUCAUGCUCUUCCAGAAGGACGUCCCCAACCCCGCCAUCAAGAUCAUCGACUUUGGUUUGGCCCAAAAGCUGGAGGAAGGUGUGCCCUUCAAAAGUCUUUGUGGGACCCCCCAGUACAUCGCUCCUGAAGUGAUCAACUACGAGGCUUUGAGCACAGCCACAGAUAUGUGGAGCAUCGGCGUCAUCACAUACAUCUUGCUGAGCGGCAUGUCCCCGUUCCAGGGCGAGACAGACCCAGAAACCCUCUCCAACGUGGUCGCCGGCAACUAUGAGUUCGAGGAGAAGUACUUCAGCCAGACCUCGGAGAUGGCCAAGGACUUCAUCCAGCAGCUUCUGGUCAAGGAGCCUGGGAACCGGAUGACGGCCAGCGAGUGUCUCAGGCACCCAUGGAUCAAGCCCUUAAACCGGAAGCAAGCCAUGAACCGGAGCCGGUCCUCCAUCAACAUGAAGAACUUCCGCAAAUUCAACGCUCGUCGGAAGUGGAAGCUCUCCUACAACAUGGUGUCUGCCUGCAACCGCCUGUGCCGCAUGGGUCUCCUGUGCCAGCAGCGAAGGGAAGAGGAAGAGAUAUUGCGUGACUGUGAGAGUGACCAGGAGGAUGUGACCACCAGCCCCGUGGCCGUGCUCCGCAGGCGGAGAAGCAUCUGCUCCUGAAAUCGAGGGAUAGCAAACAACAUCCCGCUGA